UCGCCGCCGCCGCCGACCGGAGCAAGAUCCGCUUUCGACCGGAUGGAGCUGCACCAGCCUUGGGCUCAAGCAGGGUCCAAGCAGAAGCAGGACUCCUCCACGGCGUCCGCGUCGAGCCGCCAGGCGCCAGCCACGAAAAGGAGGAGGUGAUGAUCCAUCCUACUCAGCUCCUGCUAGUUUUGUGGUCGCCGGCACGGCCAAUGCUAGGCCACACCCUGGGCUUGAGAGAAUAUGAUGUGAAGCUGAGGGAUUCAGGCCUCCUGGCCGCCUCAAAGUUCGCCGCCAUGGAGGGCCGCUUCGAGCUCCUCGAUAAAGGACCUGGCCCGCUGGAAGGAGGAUGUGCCCCAGUUCGAUCUGAAUUCAGAAAAAAUUCAUCUGGACAUCUCCGGCUGCACAGGGAUAACAAGGAAGACAGAGGGUUGCGGCCGGAACCUGCGGGCCUGAUGCAUCCGUCACUUGGAAGGAGAACAAGGAGACAUCCUCAUGGUCCUAGGUUUUGAUGUCCAAAAGGAGGAAAGUCCAUGCCUAAAUCUGCAAUAAUAUGUUGGAGGUGCGAUGGGAGCAGCGCUGCUAUUUAGAGGCAGCUUUGUUCUAUAUCCAUCCUCUUGUGUUUCAAGUUUUGCUAGUUUCCCGCUGGUGUUGUCGCCGAGCUAGCAGUAGUAUGUUUAGGUCACUUUGUUCAAGGAUUACAAGCUUGACUCUGUUGCCGUGACCUUGAUGCUGCUGUCCAGGAGCUUGUCUACAUCGGCACCCCAAACUUUGUAUGAAUUUUGAU